UAUCACUACUGUUCUGAAAGGGGCUGUGAAUUUGUCUUAGCAAGAGACAAGAGGUAGCAUUAGGAUGUCUUUGGAUGCUCCUGGGGUACAAGUGAGGCCCUUGGUGGCCAGUGGCUGUGCAGGCUCCCUGUCCCCUGUGAGGAGAGCAGUGCAAAGAUGCAGUUCACAAGCUUGCAGGACAUGAGGAGGCACUGUCCCCAGCAGGGACCUGGCCCUCCCCACAGAGCAGCUAAAGUCAGUAGCUAAAGGAAGAGCUGAGCUGCAGCGGGGCCUGUAGCUGAAUAUAGGUGAGGUGGUGAAUGACAGGUUCUUCCUGUCCCUCAUGCUGCUGUCUGUCCACAGAGCACAAGGGCAGCGUCAGCACCUACUCUGGCUGCCUCUGUACCCGAGGAAGAGGCUGAAGAGGAGGAAGGUGCCAAUGAACCUGGCCCUGCUGUCAGCCCACAGCCAGAGCAAACAACACCAAGCUCCAUCUCCUCUGUCCUGGCACCUGCACGAGCUGCAGCUGAAGGCUCGGGAGAAGGCUCCAGUGCCCAGGCUGGAAGCUCAAGCACGAGCAGCUCGUGCACCUGGAGCACGACCAGCUCGUCUGGCAGCAGAGAGCAGCAGCGAGAGAGGACAGAGGACAAGUGCCUGGCCAUGCUGAAGAUGCUGGUGAGCGAGGGAGAUCCUGAGGCUAAAUACACAGAACUGGAAACUAUUGGCAAAGGGGGUUUCGGCACUGUGUGCAUGGCAGUGGAGACUGCCACAGGAGAAGAGGUGGCCAUCAAGAAAAUUAGUCUCCUGCAAGAGAGCAGCAGCGAGCUGUGCCUGAAUGAAAUCCAGGUCAUGUGUGGCACUAAGAAUGCCAACCUUGUGAACUAUGUAGACAGCUACCUGGUGGAUGAGGAACUCUGGCUGGUGAUGGAAUACAUGGACGGAGGUUCUUUACACGAUGUCAUCAGGGAGACUCGCAUGGCAGAAGAAGAGAUAGCAGCUGUCUCUCGGGAGUGCCUGCAAGGCCUGGAUUUCCUUCACUCCAAGCAAGUGAUCCACCGAGAUAUCAAAAGCCACAACAUUCUCCUGGGCUUGGAUGGAUCAGUCAAGUUGGCUGAUUUUGGCCUUGCUGCUCAGCUUACUGCUGAGCAGAACAAACGGAGAUCAGCUGUUGGGACUACUUACUGGAUGGCGCCAGAAAUUUUCACCAGGAAGCCCUACGGCCCCAAAGUGGACAUCUGGUCCUUUGGCAUCGUGGGGAUCGAGAUGGUGGAAGGAGCGCCUCCGUACCUGAUGAAAACCUCCCGCACGGUUCAACAGCUGAUAAGCACCGGGGCCCCCCUGAAGCUACAGAAGCCCAGGCAACAGUCGGCGUGGCUGCGAGACUUUCUGCACUGCUGCCUGGAGAGGGACGAGGACAGGCGCUGGUCUGCCCAGGAACUUCUGCAGCCAGAGAAAGCCUGCUUCAGGCUGUGGGGAAAGUAG